AUGCCACCCAACAGGAAUGGAAAUCUCUUGGUGGUGCCUUUGCAGGAGUUUAUGCUGGAGGGAUUUGAAGGUGGCCUGCAGACCCAGGCCCUGCUCCUUGCUCUGUUCCUGGCCCUGUAUGUGGUGACCAUCCUGGGGAACCUCACCAUGAUCUUGGUCAUCACCCUGGAUGCCCGUCUGCACUGCCCAAUGUACUUCUUCCUCAAGAACCUCUCCUUCCUGGACUUGUGCUACUCAUCGGUCAUCGCCCCCAAUGCCCUGGCUAACUUCUUCUCCUCAUCCAAGGUCAUCACCUUUGGGGGCUGUGCCACCCAGAUCUUCUUCUCCCUGUUUGCUACCACUGAGGCUUUCCUCCUGGCCGUGAUGGCCUAUGACCGCUUCAUGGCCGUCAGCAGCCCCCUGCGCUACCCCAUCACCAUGUGCCCCUCGGCCUGUGCCCGGCUGGUGCUGGGCUCCUACUGUGGAGGCUGCCUCAACUCCAUCGUGCAGACCAGCUUCACAUUCAGCCUCCCGUUCGGCAGCUCCAACCACAUCGACCACUUCUUCUGUGACGUGCCCCCUCUGCUCCAGCUUGCCUGUGCCAACACAGCCAUCAACGAACUUCUCUUGUUUGGCAUCUGUGGGCUCAUCAUUGUGGGGACCACACUCUUGGUCCUUAUCUCCUAUGGCUACAUCACAGCGACCAUCCUAAGGAUGCACUCUGGAGCUGGGAGACACAAGGUCUUCUCCACUUGUGGCUCCCACAUGACGGCUGUGUCCCUCUUUUAUGGAACCCUUUUAUUCGUGUACGCCCAGCCAGGAGCUGUUGAGUCCACGGAGCAGGGCAAGGUGGUCUCUGUCUUUUACACCCUGGUCAUCCCGAUGCUCAACCCCAUCAUCUACAGUCUGAGAAAUAAGGACGUGAAGGGGGCCCUGCAGAGGCUGAGCCGGAAACAUGCAACCACAUGA